GUGUUGGGGCAGAGCCCUGAUGGAAUCCAAACCACCAUCAUUCCUCCACCUGCAAUUAAUCAAACUCCUUCUAAUCUAAGACCACACUAAUGAAAAAUUAAAGGAGUGGACUGGAACCAGAUAGGUUUGUGGUGGAGAGACACAAACUUGUGGCCUCCAUUAAUAGACAUAAAAAUAGUAAGCGGAGGAGAUAAGGAUGCAAACCGAUGGUUCUGAAUCGCAGCCGCAAAAGCCGCAGGAGCAGAGUCAACUGCAGCGGCAGCCGCCACAGCCACAGCCACAGCCGCAGUGGAUGGCGAUGCAGUAUCCUCCGGUGGCGGCGGCGAUGAUAAUGCAGCACCAGAUGAUACCACCUCAGCACUUCGUCCCGCCGCCACCUCACCACUACAUGCCGUACCCGCAGUACCAGCAUCAUCCCCGCCCCCACGUACAGCAUCCUCAGCAUCAGCAGCAGCAGCAGCAAUCUCAGGGAUCUAUUGGCGAGAAUAGGACAAUUUGGGUUGGCGACUUGCAUCACUGGAUGGAUGAGAGUUAUCUCCAUAGUUGCUUUGCUUCCACUGGAGAGGUCUAGGAAACCUACUUUUUAUUUUUAUAUAUAAGUGUAUAUGUAUUUGCUUAGAUGCUAAAGAUACCAUUUUGUAUUUAGCUAGUUCUUGAUUGGGGAUUAUGUUUACUUUGAGAUAAUUUUGUUUUUCCUGGAUUUGUUUCUAGUGUUGGUGUUUGUUGAAGGUUCUAAUUGGUUCUUUUUUUCUUUUGGAGAAAUUUGCAAUAAAAAUAGAGAGAAUAAAUAAAUAAACUGUUU